AUGUCUCCCACAGGCAACAAGACCCGUCGCUGCCACAAGUGCGGCCAGCCCAUGAAAGGCCACAAACGCCCCGGCGCGGGCGUCGUCGUCUGCCCCAUCGGCCCUACAGGCAGCCCUGCCCCCACCGAAACCACGGAGAUUGUCGCGCCCUCCGCCGCCGCAGGCCCGUCUAGGGCCCCUCAAGCUCGCAAGGAUGACUUUUUCGCCCCCCAGUUCGUCCUUGAUAUCAGCAGCUCAGGCUAUGGACACCGUGUCAACCCCAACUUCCGACCGGACGACGUCCAGAAGCCAAUCUCGCCACCGCGCCGUGACAACUCGUGGGUGUCGACGGAGCUCGACGAGAGGUCUGCCGGGUCGCCUGCGCGGCGCCCGCGCCGGAACGUCCCUGGCAUCGUGCAGGAGACCAUCGCGCGCUUCCCCUCCGCGAACAGCUACAUGACAAUCCCAGUGCGUCUCGGAGACCACAUCAUCCACGAGCGCGAGGAGGGAUACGGGGGCCACUGCGAGGAUGACUACGAGGAGGAGGAGGAGUACGAGGCGAACGAGGAGAAUAAAGGCGAUUCAUCGGACACACAAAGCGCGACCGGCAAGUCGACGGGUCCGACGCUCAUGCAGCGGAUGACUCGAAGCCUGUCGACAAUCCUUGGUCGGGACGAGCCCCACGCCGUCGUCUAUCGGAUCGAACGCGAAGAUGCACGGGCGGCGGAGGCCCGUGCCGUCGAACAAGGGAUGUACUGCCGCGUUGCAUACGGGCAGAGGCACAUCACUCCUGUCGCUGGACCCUCCCGCUCCGAAUCCAUCGUCAAGCCCGAGCCCACAACGCCCCAUCGCCUCACCGAUAACGACGGCAUGUGCUGGUUCGCCAUCGGGGACAACCGAGAUGCUGUCGAUGCAGCCAUCGAGCCCUACCUCGAACCAACUGGGGCGCUCGCCGCUGCCCCGUGUCGGGACUACCCCAUCGACCCACGCACCAUCCGUCCCAACUUCGUCGACACACUCGUUGCUGGUGCCGUCGGCGGGCUCGUUGUGUUCUAUUGCUUGUCCGUAGCAUGA